UUUCAGUAUCCGGUAAAGAAGAUAUUAUUUUGAAUGAGAGCUGUAUCGCUCUCUCGUGCUGUUGAUUGGCUGAAAUCGCUACAGUUAUUCAUCUCUACACAUUCUGUUAUCGGCAAGCGUACAAUUGCCGCUUUAUGUACUAGUCGUCAAUUGGCAUUAUAUACUAACAUACGGCAUGUACGUGCACGUCUGGACACAUCCUCAAACAUUGAGAGCAAAUCAUUAUAUUCAUCGGAAGCAUCAAAUAAUUCGAACGAUGUUCCAGUUGUGAAAGCUUUCGUACAUAGUCCCGAAAAUUCCAACAAUCCAAUUAUAGCAGUUUGUUGGGAUGGUGACAGCAAAUGUAAUCGAUUAAAGGAGCAUCCAGGACGAUCGAUAACGAAGGCUGAAAUUGAAGCCAUAUGCUUAGCACUGAAGCAAGCAAUUUUUCAAAUGAAUUUGCCUUGUAUCCAUAUUGUUACGAAUUCGAAAUUCGUCUGGAAGCAUUUUGGUAAGAUGUCAUUAUGGUGGAGCUUGGACGAAUUUCUACAAGAAAAGUCGAUGACGUUUAAUUCCUGUUUAACAGAAGCUGGAGAUCUGUACCGGUUAUUGCACAUGGUUGAUGCUACGAUCGAAUACAGUUCUUCCGUUGAGGAAACAGCCAAAAGAUUUUUCGAAAAUUUACUGGGCAAGAAAGUAAAUGAGCAGAAAUCUGAUAUAAUUUCAGAAAACAAGCUCACUACAAAAAUUCCUUCAUCCACAGCAACUGUGGCAAAAGUGCAGAAAAAAGGCAUAGGUUUAUUUGUACCAGAAACAUCAUCUGCAGCCGAUUCGAAAAACUAUGUUUCUGAAAACCUGUUGAGUGGCAGUGUUCCUAUUGUCUAUACCUGUGGCGUUUUGCACACCGAAGGAAAUGAAAAGAAACACGUCAAAGCAGGUUGUGGUGUUUACUGGCCACAUGCGCAGGAGCUCGGUAUCGGCAGACGUUAUAAUUUUUAUCCAGUAACUUUGGUUCGAUGUCAGUUACAGGCUAUAAUUGACGCUCUUCAACAGGCCGUGGAUCAAAAUUACCGUAGUAUUGUCCUUCGUACUGACUGUGUUUCUUUUUUGGUUCACCAUUCACGUCAGUGGUUGAAAGCUAAUGGUUCCUACGUGAGGUAUCAUGAUCAGUAUCUGAGAAUCAUGGAUUUAUGCAAAGAUAUCAAAGUUAGAUUUCAACCAGCAAAUGAUCGAAUAGCUUUAAGUCAAGCGGAAGCACUGGCUGAAAAUGGUGUUUGCUUACCGAUGCCAUCAAGAAAAUCUCGAAAGAAAAUGUACGAUAGUAAAACUUCAUUUGUUGCUGAUGUCAAAUGUUCUUUGUAG